AUGGGUAAAAAAUUUUUUAAAGAAUUAAAUCAAAAAGGUAUAAAUUUCACUGUUCGUCAUGAAUUCUUUGAUUAUGUUAACGGCAUAUCGUUGACAUUGCCUGGUGGACUUGAUAGCUUGAAAAAGGUUGCCGAUAUAUCAGUUAAUCUUAAUCUAACACCCGCGCCUGGUUAUGUUGAUGAUGAUGAACUUGAAAAACGUGAUUACAUUACCAAUGACACAAUCCAAUUUGCUCCUAAUAAUAAUAUAAAUGAGAUACAUAAAGUCACUGGUGUUGAUCGUGUACAAAAUGAGUUUUUGAGUUUUGGAACUGGGAUUAAAGUUGGAAUUGUUGAUUCAGGAAUUGAUUACAGGCAUCCAGCACUUGGCGGCUGUUUUGGAACAGGAUGUAGAGUGGCAUAUGGACAUAAUUUUGUUUUAGAUUUAACCAACCUUAAUGCUAGUGAUCCACUUGAUAUUUGUAAUGGUCAUGGUACACAUGUUGCUGGUUUGAUAGGUGCUAAUGACAGUCUAGUAACUGGAUUUAUGGGAGUUGCUCCUAAUGUCACUUUUGGUGUUUAUAGAGCCUUGAAUUGUGUGGGUUCAGGGAGUGCUGACAAUAUAAUGGCUGCAUUAGAAGCAGCUGCAACUGAUCAAAUGGACAUAAUAAAUUUAUCUUUAGGAGGUGAAGGAUGGGCAGAAACUUCAAUGUCUGUUUUGGCAGAUUCAAUUGCAAAUCGAGGAAUCAAUGUUAUAGCUGCCAAUGGUAAUGAAGGAAUUCGUGGUAUCUGGGAUUCUGGUAUACCUGCAAUUGGUUAUGGCACCAUUUCUGUUGCAUCAAUGGAUGCUAAAAAUUUUCUCGUUUACCGGGCAACUGAUAUUAAAGAUUCUUCAUUUAUAAUUGAUUAUAUUUCAAGUAGUGCUAGACCUUUUAAUAUUAAUCAAGGAGAAACAGUAAUCUUUGAUAGUUCAAACAAUUGUAAAGAUGUCCCUGCUCAAACUUUAGCAGGAAAAGUAGUAAUUCUAAAUAUUUAUGCUGCAAAAAUUAAUCAAUGUAUUAUAUCACAACUGUAUACAGAUCUACAAAUAGCUAAAGUUGUGGGUGCUCUUGUUAUUAAUAAUCUAACUACAGGACCUGCCUUAGCUAGUCCACGUCAAGAUGAUGUUAAAUAUCCAGUUGCAUAUAUUAUAUCAACUGAAGCUCAACUAUUGUUAGACAGAGCAGUGACUAAUAAACCAUUGACUUUAGAUUUUUCUGAUAAAAAAGGUUAUAUUAUAGAAAAUAGUUUUGGUUCAGUAAUUUCAUAUUUUAGUUCUUGGGGAUUAACUCCUACUCUAGAUAUUAAGGAAAUUGUUGCACCUGGUGGAGUAAUGUUUUCUACAUAUCCUUUACCUCUUGGUAGUUAUUCUUUAAAUUCAGGAACAAGCAUGGCAACACCAUAUAUAGCAGGAUGUGUUGCAUUAUAUUUAUCAGCAACUGGUAUAAAACAACCAACUUUAGAUGUGAGAAAUGCAUUCAUGAAUUAUGCUAGACCACUCAAAUUUCCAUCCGGAACUGUUGUCUCACCAGUUUUACAACAAGGCACAGGAUUAGUCAAUGUGUUUGAUACAAUAUUAGGUAAAAUAUUGAUAUCACCAUCAAAAUUAACAUUGAAUGAUACAUUAAAUGGAAUUAGUAAUAAGGAAUUGAAUUAUAUUGAAAAGAAUUUAACUGUCAAAGGUUUAAGUGAGUAUCAGGAAGUGUCAUUUAUAGUGAUACAUGAACCUUCUUACAGUUUAAAUGGUUAUAAUGGCACAACAAUAUUGGAGAGUAAAGAUUUGAUUUACAGUAAUGUGGUUGCUGAUAUUAUAAUUGAACCUAAUAUUUUCACAAUUACAAAUCAAACCAACCUCAAUAUCAAUCUAAAAAUUACGCCACCAACCAUUCAAGAUGCAGGUUUUUGGUUUUAUAAUGGUUUUAUUAAAUUUGUACCAAAUAUUACCAACUAUAGCAACAUCACGAUUCCAUAUGCUGGUUUAGCAAGUCCAGCAAAAGAUCUACCAAUAUUUCAAAGUCCUGAAUUUCCUCAGAUUCUAACUCCACAAGAUGCAACAUUAACACCAAACCAUACAUUUUCAAUGACAUUUGAAAAUCAUCCUGUAUUAAGGACAGUAUUUUCAACACCUAGUGCACUAUGUUAUGUAAUUAUAUUUAGUUCAAUAACAAACCAACCUUUAGGCAUAUUGACAAACAACGACAAUACUUUUAUUAUAAGUGGUGAAAAUAGAUUUGUUGCAAAAACAAGAAAAAUUCCAUUAUUUAGAAAUUGGGCAGGUGAUUAUAUAGAAGGAAGUUUUAGUGAUAAUGGAGAAUUUGUUCCAUCAACCACUGUUAGUAAUGGUAAACAAUUACCAAAUGGUGAUUAUUAUAUACAAUUUAGAGCUUUAAAAUUAUUCGGAGAUACUAAUGUUGGGGGUGAUUGGGAGUACUGGAAUUCUACUUAUUUUAAAAUUGAAAGAACCCUCUUCUGA